AUGGCUUUCGCCGAAUUCUUGGAAGCGCUCCUCACGCCGUCCCUGCCCAUCCUCGCGCUGGGCAUCCUCAUCAUCAUCGGCGCGCCCCUGCUCCUCCAUAUCGCCCUCGCCUCGUCCUCGACCUACAUCACGCCGCCGACCGUCCUCCUCCUCGGGCCCCUCGCCUCAGGCAAGACGUCGCUCUUGACCCUCUUUGAGCGCGGAACGCCCGCGGAGACACACACGUCGCAGUCGACGACGAGCGUCGAGCUCAAUGCCUCCACGGACGCGGACUCGAAGCAGAGUUUCCGGAACCACGACGACACCAGUGGGACGCACACCAAGUUCAUCCUCGUCGACACACCGGGGCAUGGGAAGCUGCGCAACUUGGCGUUCGGCAAGCUGGAGCGCGCAGAGACGCUCAAGGCGAUUGUCUUUGUGGUGGAUGCGGCGGCCCUGAGCGAGCAGGAUGUCCUGUCGACCACGGCGUCGUACCUCUACGAUGUCCUCCUGCUCCUGCAGAAGAGGGCCUCGGACAAGAGCAAGACGAGAAAGAGCGUUGUGCCGGUCAUGAUUGCGGCGAACAAGAUGGAUCUGUUCACGGCGCUGCCGGCUACAAUGGUCCGGACGAAUCUGGAGGUGGAGCUGACGAGGAUCCGGGCCACGCGCAGCAAGGGACUUCUCGACUCUGGCGUCGGCAUGGACGAUGUGGGCUCGGAGGACCAGGACGCCUGGCUAGGCGAGUAUGGCUCUGAGAAAUUCUCGUUCAAGCAGAUGCAGGAGUUUGACAUUGACGUGGAUGUCCUCCCUGGGAGCAUCACUGGCGAGGAGGGCACUGGUGCGGACAAGUGGUGGUGGUGGAUCGCGCAGAAGAUAGCAAAUGCGUGA